UUGUUCAUACUGCUCACUUAAGUCGUAGCUGUUGACCUUAAGGUCGUUCCAAAGCAUGACUUUUAAUUGCUCUUCGUGCAGGGUGGAUAUCUCAGCUGAUGAGAAAGUCCAUCAUGCUAGGAGUGAUUGGCAUGUUUACAAUCUAAAGCGUAUAGUUUCUGGCCUUCUGCCGAUAUCUGAAGAGAUAUUUUUGCAGAAGAAAGAGCUGCUUGCUGCAGAAGCACCUGGAGUUGGAAAGGAAACCUAUUGUAGUGCUUGCAAGAAAUGCUUCUCUAAUAAUAAGUCGUUUUAUGCCCACCUGUCAUCAAAGCGGCACCUUCAUAACAUCGCAUCUCGAAGGGAAAAGCUGACUCAUUCGGUUGGUGAUACAAAAGAGUAUGCAGAAGAAAAUAGUUCUCCACAGCCGUUACCACUGGGAUCAUGUUUAUUUUGUGACCGUUUUAUAUCAUGUAACUCUGUUCCGGAUGAACUCGUCGAUGAAACCCAACAAAUUAAACUAGCCAAACGCGUUCUAGAUCAUAUGUUUGAUGCACAUAAAUUUAGUGUACCGUUUCCAGAAAAGUUAACAAAUCCCGCUGGAUUACUGAUUGAGCUAGGGCGUAUUGUAGGAGAAGAACGUGCAUGCCUAGCCUGUGGUCGUCAGUUUUAUGGUAGUCGUCUAGAAGGAUCACACAAUCAGGUCUCUUUGUCCGCAGUCCGUAAUCACAUGCUAGAUAAGCCCGGACACAAAAGAAUUUGGUGCGGAACUGAAGAUCCUGUUCAGGUUGCCUUAUUGUUGGCUGAAGCAGAAGAGAGAUCAGAUGAUUGUAAAAAAGACUAUCCUGAAGUUGGCCUUGCAGGCGGUGAACUAUUUAGCCAAUUUUACGACCAGUCUGUUAUUGCAUCACCAUUCAUACUGUCGGAUGAUGAAGACGUCUACGAAAUAAAGCUACCAUCUGGUACUGUUCUUGGUCACCGGAAAAUGAAAGCAGUUUAUAAACAACACUUGAGUACAAAUCUAUCAUUAGCUAUCACUAAUGGAUCGAAAGUGUCGAACUACACUGGUGACACAAAAAGCGUUUCUAUAUUGCAUUCAGAUUUCAAACCUUCAGUUCAGAGGAGAUUUAACACAGAUUCGGGAAGGUAUUUAAAUGAACAGCGGAAGCACUGGGAUUUGGUAACCGGUGUUCAAGGCAAUCUGUGCAGUCGUAUGCACCUACGAAGGCAAUGUUGAAUUUGUGAAAGUUUUGCUAAUCGUCGGAAAAUGGAUUUAUCUUACGUGAUAUUUUCAAUGAUUUUUUCAUUUUGAUUGACUGACUUCAUCCUAUGUAGCCAGUAUCCGUUAUCUACGUUUGCAUUUUAAAUAUUUUGAACAUUCAGCUCCGGAGAGAAUUUUAAAAACGUAAAUUGGAGUAUUGCAGAGCUUUUUUAUUUGGUACGAUAAACAUUUAUACUGCUAUUCAUCCUUAACAAUCAAAUGACUGAAUACAUACCAUUUCUUAAGUAGGAUUAAAGCAAAGAGUAAGUAAAAAGGGUGGAAAUUAGUUAAUACCGUCUAUUGAAGUGCUAAUAAGCUAAAGCAUAAUGGUUAAUGUCAAAUGACGUGACUUCUUAUUCUCAUAUGCUAGCCAUAUCGGUAAGUAGAAUGAUAUAGUAGAUAAUAUUGUAUUGCUGUGUGCUGUAUCAAAUAAACCAAUCUGAUAUGUAUUUCCACAUCGUCUUCGUUAGUUUAAUGUUAUAAAAACAGUUAUUUAGUGGAUACACUUUGACUUUACUGUACCCUUUUAACCAGUUUCAAUUUCAAUGAUGAAAACAUCUUAGUUUUACAGUCCUCCAGCAUGGAUUAAUCAUAGGCUUUAGAAAGACUGAUAAUUCCUAGUCAAGAAUUAGCGUAAAUGUGUACAAGUUACCUGUUUAUUUGGUCUUGAUCAGUUUGGUGCUUUAAUGAGAGUAUAGUAUCUUACCAAUAAUGUUAAAAAGGGUUCGCACAACAGUAAAUUUAUUUCUAAAUCAGCAUAUACUCUGGUGUUGACAUCCUUUUUCCACUCGGUUGACAGUUAGAUACUUGUCCAUCAUUUGUUUCAGCAUACAACUACGAGAAUACUGUUUAGCUCUUCUGAUAUCAUCAUCAAUGGAUUGUGAAGGCAGUACGUGUGCGUCGG